AUGCGAGACGACUCUUCCGCACGCAAAUACAACAAAACCUCGCACCUUCACAAACGACCGCCUUCCAACAACAACAACUAUCCCGCAGACGCUACCAGCUCCUCGACUGGCGCACAAUUUGCUCCACCGCCCGAUGCUGGUCAGCCCUACGAUCCGGUCGCCGAGUACAGGCGUGGUCGAGCCCUCACCGCCGACAACCUUGAGCGCAUCCCCAACGCUGACCAGCUCGCUCCGGGAAUUCGUCUGCCCGGCCGAGUCAUCGACUCGCAUGGAGCCGAUACAGACAUGCAGACCUCUUCCGACGCAGAUGGAGGUGCUCAGAGCCUCGAGACUGGUCACACGAGCGUAGGUGCAUUUGGUGAAGGUGGCGCUUCCGUGCCCGGUGUACCUCCAGAGCUCGAUCCGCGAACCUCGGCUUUUCGACCGCAGAGUCCAGGCGAAGCUUCCGUAUUUUCAGUCGCCGUGCAACCGCCAGCUUCGCCCAAAGCAAGCAUGCUGGAGCCUUCGGAACCGACAAGCCCCUUCAUCGAGACGACACCGUCGCGAAGCGGUAUAUCGGAUCGGUACGGUAUACCUACUAGCAGCGCUUCGGCGACAGCUGGGUCCUCGUCGUAUUCUGCAUCAGCACGUGGAUCGUCACCGCCCUUGUCGGUGGGGUAUGCGCCAUCCGAAGCGUUCAACUCGGCCAUGAGGCUCGGUCCAGGACCUAGCAUGCUGGGUCGCAAUGUGGCGAGCGUCGCACCCUCCGAAGCUGGCAGCGUCUCGUCGACAGGCACGGGUGGAGGAGGUCCGGGAAGCGCCGGUACAGCUGAUGAUCAGGAAGUGGCUCUCCGCGCCGCAUACAUCGAACGACAACGCAUGCGCGAACGCGAACUCAUGGGCGGCGAAGCAGGUGUAGGCGGAACCACCAUCCCGAGCUUCACCCUGCCUGCGCGCGGAUCCACCCCGCUCGCCUUCGCACCGGGACUCUCAGCGCGUCUCGGCGGCGCUGGCCCCGGCAGCGCUGCGUUCGACAACGUCAGCAGAGCAGGCAGCACCGCCGCCACCACAGGCACCAACUCACCACCACUCAGUCCGACCGGCAGCGACGUCGCAUACCCCGUCGCCUCGCCAUCGCGACGCGGAAGCGUGGACAGCACCGAGACGCUGGGCAGCAUGCGUGCGCCUCCCAGCGUGCAAGGUUUCGAGGUCGGCAGUGGGAUCGAGUCGAGACGGAUGAGUAGGGGUGGCAGCUCGGUCGGGUUUGAUGAGCCGGCGGCAAGGAGGGGUAGUGAGGGUGGGUUGAUGACCAGUGCGAUGGACGAGGAUCAAGUGGAGGCGGCGAGGGCGAGGGAUGAUCCGGAGGUGUUGUGA